UUGAGGGAGGGAGCUCGCUGUUGCCCAAAGCUAAAGCGUUCUUCUCUUCGUCGCAACUCCCAUUUUCCGUUGCUUGUCGUUUGCGUCAGUCGAAGGGAAACUUAAUAAAAGAUCUAGAGGGAACAAACCAGUGCUUCCACCGAUAAUUUUCAAAAUUUUGACAGUUCUCAUGGAAUUGGCAUUGGAUUGAAAACGUUUUGGCAUCUGGUGGUAAACGAAUCUGUGACGCCCAUAAACGAGAAUUCUACAAUUUACGCCGAACUUUACUACUGAAGUUUGUAAGAGUGGAGAGUGCGGAAUAGAGAAUGGGGAAUAAGGAUUACAAGAGGCUAAAAGGAUGUCAGAGCUUCAGGCAACGAUUAAUUCUCGCCACUCUCUCAAGUAAUUCGAUUAUUAUCGAGGAUAUUCGUGCAGACAAGACUUUCCCGGGUCUUCAGAAACACGAGGUCUCUUUUCUUCGUUUGCUUGAGAAAAUCUGCGAUGGUUGCUAUGUCGAAAUCAACGAAGCUGCUACUAAAUUGAAGUACAAGCCUGGAAUUAUCAUGGGUGGGAAGAAUCUUGCGCAUGACUGUGGUGUUAGUCGUUCCAUUGGUUAUUUCUUGGAACCGCUGCUCGUUCUUGCUUUAUUUGGAAAGAAGCCCCUCGAGAUUAGGCUCAAAGGAAUUACAAAUGAUUCUAAGGAUCCGUCAGUUGAUACUUUCCGCUCCACCACUCUGCACAUAUUGAAACGCUUUGGAGUCUCUUCUGAUCGGCUAGAUCUUAAAAUAGAGUCUCGUGGAGUUCCUCCGAAUGGUGGUGGGGAAGUCGUUUUGUCUGUGCCUGUUGUUCAGAGUCUUAACGCAGUUUCCUGGACUGAUGAGGGCAUGGUUAAGAGAAUUAGGGGAGUUACAUUUUCUGCCAGAGUGUCCUCUCAGUUUGAAUAUAGCUUGAUUCAUGCUGCCCGUGGAAUAUUUAAUCAUCUACUCCCAGAUGUACACAUUUUUACAGAUCACAAAACUGGCCCACAAGCUGGAAAGUCUCCUGGAUAUGGGAUUUCGCUUGUUGCAGAAACUACUUCUGGCUGCUUCAUUUCUGUCGACACUGCUGUUUCUCGUGAUCAUGCUGAAGAAGCCACUGACUUUGCAGAAGAUGAAAAGAAAGACCUGAUACCCCCAGAAGACAUUGGUCAGCAAACUGCUUAUGCCCUGCUUCAGGAGAUCCAGCAGGGCGGAGUAGUGGAUUCAACGCAUCAGGGUCUGUUGUUUCUUCUCUGCUCACUAUGUCCACAAGAUGUUUCCAAGAUUCGCGUUGGACAGCUAUCCCCGCAUGGAAUAGAAACACUGAGAAACAUAAGGGAGUUUUUGGAUUUGAAGUUCGUUAUAAAGCCAGAUCCAAAGACUCACACAGUAAUUCUGAAAUGUAUCGGUUCUGGCUUGAAGAACCUUUCCAGAAAGCUAUCCUGAAGGUGAUGAGUCUAUGUAUUACUAUAAUUUACCAAUUUUUGUUUGUUACAAGCUCCUAGGACUCAUACUAGAACAUUUUUUUUAUCAAAUUACUCUAGUUGCUUUUCUGUUAGUAAUUCACAUUUUUGGGCUGCAAUGUAUUAAUCCAAUUGACCAAAUUUUCUUCUAUUGAA